AUGGCUGAGAUCGCAGAGCCUCUCAGGAAGGAAGCGUUCGACUUCUUCUUUGGAGAAUCUCCAAGCAUCUCUCCUGUGUCUUCGAGCUUGAACCUGAUGCUCGAUUUCAACAUCCAGGAGGAAGCUGCUGAGUGGGUUGACGAAUUUGAGACAGUUGACUUCAAGAGACUGUCCAUCACGGAGAAGCAGCAAACUAGGACGGUGAACGACCUGUUAUCAACGCUUUGCUAG